AAACCCGAGCAGUUGUGCCUGAAGCUCUCCAGUCUCUCUCUUCCCCCUCUCUCUUUCUCCCUCUCCCUCCCUCCCUUCCUCUCUCUCUCUCUGGAGCUUGUGCUCUCUCUCCCCUCUCUCUCUCUCUCCCUCCUCUCUCGUGCGCUCUCUCGCUCUCGCUCGCUCUCCCUCCUCUCUCCUGCUCUCUCUGCCUCUGCCUCUUGCUAUAGAGAGAGGGCUCCCACAGCAGUUUCCAGUCAGUGUGUCUCUGUGGCUCUGUGUGUGCGUGUGUGUGCGCGUGUGUGUGCGCGCAGCUACUUUGUACUGGGAAGAACACACAGCCCAUGUGCUCUGUAUGGAUGUUGGUGAUACUCUCUAUAGCUUGAUUUCCUCCAAGCAGGCAAGAUGUCCAGCACACCACAUGACCCCUUCUAUUCUUCUCCUUUCGGCCCAUUUUAUAGGAGGCACACACCGUACAUGGUGCAACCAGAGUACCGAAUCUAUGAGAUGAACAAGAGGCUGCAGUCUCGCACAGAGGACAGUGACAACCUCUGGUGGGAUGCCUUUGCAACGGAGUUUUUUGAAGACGAUGCCACAUUAACCCUUUCAUUUUGCUUGGAAGAUGGACCAAAGCGAUACACAAUUGGAAGGACUCUCAUCCCCCGCUAUUUCAGCACUGUCUUUGAAGGAGGUGUGACAGACCUGUAUUACAUUCUUAAGCAUUCUAAAGAGUCAUACCACAACUCAUCAAUCACAGUGGACUGUGAUCAAUGCACCAUGGUCACCCAGCAUGGAAAACCCAUGUUUACCAAGGUAUGUACGGAAGGGCGGCUGAUUUUGGAAUUUACUUUUGAUGAUCUCAUGAGGAUAAAAACGUGGCACUUUACCAUUAGACAAUACAGAGAAUUAGUCCCACGGAGCAUCCUAGCCAUGCAUGCACAAGACCCUCAGGUGUUGGAGCAGCUGUCCAAAAACAUCACCCGAAUGGGACUGACCAACUUCACCCUCAACUACCUCAGGUUGUGUGUAAUACUGGAACCAAUGCAAGAGCUGAUGUCAAGACAUAAAACUUACAAUCUCAGCCCCCGAGACUGCCUGAAGACAUGCUUGUUUCAGAAAUGGCAGCGCAUGGUGGCACCACCAGCAGAACCCACAAGGCAGCCAACCACCAAACGGAGAAAAAGGAAAAAUUCCACGAGUAGCACUUCCAACAGUAGCGCUGGGAACAAUGCCAACAGUACCAGCAGCAAGAAAAAAACACCUGCUGCCAACCUGAGCUUGUCAAGUCAGGUACCUGAGCUAGGAGCACUCCAGAGCUGCAGCCUCAACCCUGGGAGGGAUGGAGCCCUGUGUCAUUCAACCGCAGUGACCCCUUCUGUCCAAUUUAAGGAGAAGCAUUGAGGGGCUCUUAGAGGAGUCACUUCCAGUCCUCCUCAGAGGAUGUGAUGGUGGUAGGAGAGCCAACUCUGAUGGGAGGAGAAUUUGGGGAUGAAGACGAGAGGCUCAUCACCAGAUUAGAAAACACACAGUAUGAUGCAGCGAAUGGCAUGGAUGAUGAAGAAGACUUCAACAAUUCACCAGCCUUGGGAAACAACAGCCCAUGGAGCAGCAAGCCACCUGCAAACCAAGAGACCAAAUCUGAAAACCCUACACCACAGGCUUCCCAAUAAGCUAACCUGCUACUAAUCCACUGUUACGUAUGCUGGUGGCUUGUAAUUACUCUUUCAGAGCAUUUACUUAGGAGACAGGGGUGGGAUGGGGUGGGAAAACUUUCCACACAGAUAUCUAUUUCUAAACUGCAGCUCUCUGGUUUUUUUUUAAAUUGAGAGGAUUGAUUCUAAACAUGCUUCCAUUGUACAUUUCUUGGAGGCCUUCACACAUGACACGGAUACUGGCACUGACCUCGAUUCAAAUAAUUCAAAGUGAUCUAGCACCUCAUGGCAAAUUUUUAACAGUGUUUUUUUUUGUUGAAUUUCUUUUUCUCAUAUCAGAUGAAGGCCAUAUUGUUAAGAAGUCCUCAGUGCUCAGGAUCUCAUUAAUUAUGCUCAACCUAAUGAUGGAUGACUUUUUAAUAUUGUAAAAUAUUUUCUGCUUUUCAACUUGCACCUGAAAGUUUCUUGUUUCAGAAAGAAAGGGGGAAAAAAAUUAGCUUUUGGGAAGUAAUUGAAAUGUAACUUUGGUUCUUUUGUUAUGUCUUCGCUCCUUGGUUAACCCUUGAAAGGAUCCGGCAGUUUUGACUUUUACCAUCACUCAUGCCAAUGAUUAGCCCUUCAGUCAUUUAUACAAGUACUGAAACAAGAAAUGUCUUUUUUUUUCAUCAAAGACAUGAGAAAUAUUUUUAUGUGGAGAAAGACACCCAGUCCUAUGAGAGUUUAUGCUUUGUAAAGUUGCUGUUGAUCCAAAUAUCUUCAAGCCAUGUAAUCCAUUAAUUUUUGUGGGCCAUUUAAUAAAAUUGGAAACUUUUGUGUUUUUAUUGUAUCUGAGUUGGCUUUAUUUGCUUUAAUAGCAUAUUUCUUGUAUAAUAUUUUUGUAAAGCCCUCAAAUGUUUUGGGGUUUUGGGGGUAUUUUGGUCUUUUUCUUUUUUGGAUCCCAGUGUAUUUAUGUGAAACUUUAUAAGAGAACUAAUUUUUUUCAUUUACAUAUUAAUAUGUUCAGCUACACAUGUAAAGACACAGUGAUUCAGUGUGUUAUAUACAAUGGUAUUUUAUGUAUGCUUUGCCAAUAAGUGUGCCAAUAAUAAACUGUGUUAACAACAAAAA